CUGUAUCUGUAGCCAGGACAGAUUCAAGAAAACACCUAGAGACAUCUAUGCAUGUGUAUUUACAGUCACGAUAUUACCACAAACCAUCCAUAUAUGAGGCGCUAUGGCGCGGCACUCCUUUGUGAAUGCCUUACCAUACGGGGCCUGGAGGAACCCACGUGACUUUUAUCAUUCUGAUAUUGUGAAGGGACAAGAUCGGGAAGCAGCUGUGAUUCACUUGAAGGAGACCGUUGAUGUACAGUGGGUGAAUCUUAUAUCAAACGAUGUGGAUCUUGCAUGUUCUGGUGUUUGCAGGAACACUGCACCUCGGAAGCGGAACAGCUGGACUCUGUUGUGAGCCCUAUACCUCUAUUAUCGCUCCGAUCAACGAACUCAAGAGCAUCGAAGUGACAUGCAACCCCGGCUUUACAACCCCCUGUAAAUGGACUGUCUCAGCCCCGCCAGGAGCAGUGAUAGGAGUGGAGAUCAGUUCGGUCAUUGUUGGAACUCCUUCUACAAUAGUAUAUAAGAACGACGCAGGAGAUAUUUUUAGCACAUUUUCUGGUACCAACAGUAUUGUUCCUUUGAGAGUCGCUGGCCAAUUGUUUACCAUCGAAAUAACUCCAUCGCCGACGAACACACCCCCUCCCGCGGGAGAGGUGCUGAAUUUUAAAUACCUAGCUAUCACUUUACCAGCUCCUGACUCUGCUGCUGCAUGCUCUUCAGGGGAGACAAUUUCACUGGAUACGGUGACUGGUGGGGAAACAUGUAUCGCCUCCCCUAAUUUCCCGGAAUUUUAUCCAGAUGCAACAACAACAUGUAGAUGGCGUUUCGAAACAAGCGAUACAAUCGAGUACAACGUUAUUUUUUUUCACACGGAGUUCAGCAGCCUCUGUGGAUUCGAUUUCGUGAAGAUCACCGUUGCCGGAUCUACAGGAACACCACAAUGCGGUAGACAACUCCAAGGUGUGACCCAGACGGGCCUGGCCAGUCCUGUGGAAGUGGAAUUCACAUUUGAUGACGGCCAAAGCUUUCCCGGGAUUUUCAUGUGUUUCAAAAAAAUCGCUACUUCAACGACAUCGACGACAACAACUACGACAACAACGACAACACCCACAACGACAACAGCACCAAAUGACGACGACGAUGUAAUCGGAGACGUCAUCGUACCACUUGCCUUGUUUGCGGUCUUCGUCAACUUAUUCGGCGCUAUUUUCUUUUAAAUAUGUCUGAAAGUCUGACAUAUGUCGGCUGUGUAAAACACCAAUUCCUGGUAUUCUUUUCAUUUCAAUUGUCUGCUAGCUGAACAGCUUAUCUUGUGGCUUUGAAUAAACAU